UGCUUACACUUGCCCUAGGUAGGAUACGAGAAAUCAAACAAAUCAGCAAAAGGAGAUCAGAGGCGCAUGUUAGUAGUGUUCAUUCUCCCUUUUCCAUAACAAUCCACUCACCGCUCAUUCAUCGUCGUCAUCAUCAUCACUGGAAGGAAGCUAUUGAGUUUCCUCUCCAAAAAUAAACCCUAACUUACUACUUCUUCCAAUCUCUAAACAUCAGUAGCAACAAUGUUUGUCAUCAGAGUUUCUUUCAUAUUCUUCUUCUUAUUAUUCAUACUUCCUUCCACAGUUUUUUCCUUUACUUGUAUGGUUUGGAGAUGGGAAAAGAAGAAGAAGAAGAAGAAAUAGGAAAAGAAUUGUUUCCAGAUAUUCUUAGAGAAGAAGCAGUAUCAAGACUUAAUGAGUUAGGAGAGGUCAGUGAUGCUGACGGUCAUCUUGAGCGGACAUUCAUGAGUCCCGCUUCUAAAAAGGCUAUCAGUCUUGUCCAAAUAUGGAUGGAGGAUGCGGGUUUAAGAACGUGGGUGGACCAGAUGGGAAAUGUACAUGGUCGGGCAGAUGGAAUGAACAGUCAUGCUGAAGCUUUAUUGAUUGGUUCCCAUUUGGACACCAUCAUUGAUGCAGGAAUUUUUGAUGGGCCGUUAGGUAUAGUUUGUGCAGUGUCUGCCUUAAAGGUUUUAAAGAUCAGAGGGAAGCUAGGGAAUCUUAAGAGACCAGUUGAGGUCAUUGCCUUUUCAGAUGAGGAAGGUGUUAGGUUCCAGUCUACCUUCUUAGGAAGUGCUGCUAUAUCUGGGACUCGGCCAGCCUCAGCUUUGCAGAUAUCAGAUAAAAGUGGUGUAACAGUGCAAGAUGUUCUUAAGGAAAACUCUUUUGAUGCUACGGAGGAAAGUUACCUUCAGCUGAAGUAUGACCCACAAUCAGUCUGGGGUUACAUUGAGGUUCAUAUUGAACAAGGCCCUGUCCUGGAAUCAGUUGGUCUUCCUCUUGGAGUGGUAAAAGGCAUUGCUGGGCAGACACGAUUGAAGGUGACUGUAAGAGGUUCACAAGGGCAUGCUGGAACAGUCCCAAUGUCUAUGCGUCAGGAUCCAAUGACUGCUGCUGCUGAACUGAUUGUACUGUUGGAAACUAUGUGUAAAAAUCCUGCAGAUUUCAUAUCUUAUGACAAACAUUGCAAUGGUUUUGCAGCAGAGUCGCUUGCAGGAUCCCUUGUUUGUACAGUAGGAGAAAUAUCCAGCUGGCCAGGUGCAAUUAAUGUUAUCCCAGGCCAGGUGACAUUCACUGUGGACUUAAGAACGAUGGAUGAUAUGGCACGCGAGGCUAUUAUUUUCGAAAUUUCUAACCGGAUGUAUCAAACCUGCGACCGACGAUCUGUUUCUUGCAUCAUUGAACGCAAGCAUGAUGCAGAGGCAGUGAUGUGCGAUCCUGGACUAAGUUCAGAGCUGAAGUCGGCAGCUAAUUCUGCACUAAAGAGAGUCGCAGGUGAGAUUCAAGAUAAAGUGCCUGUGUUGAUGAGUGGAGCGGGACAUGAUGCAAUGGCUAUGUCUCAUCUAACUAAGGUUGGCAUGCUGUUCGUCCGUUGUCGCGGAGGAAUUAGCCACUCUCCUGCAGAGCAUGUUUUGGAUGAUGAUGUUUGGAUUGCAGGUUUGGCUAUCUUAGCAUUUGUUGAAACCUACUUGUAAAUCAUAGUUGAUUCGCUCUGAGGUGUUUAUAGUAAUGUACAGUAGAACUGUUAAUUACAAAUAUGGAUAGAAGUAUUUAAUCGACUAGAAGAAUAAAAUAUUACUGGGUAAAUGAUGCUCAAUUACUUACCUGAUCCUGAUAAGAAGUUCAUUCGUUAAUCCAAACUUUACUCUGUUGGUUAAGGAACACAUAAAACAAGUGGUACUUUAGCCUGUCUA